AUGGCGAAAAGAAAGAGACAACAAGCAGUUGCAUUUGAGACUCCGGUCUCUACCGAACAAAAGCAAAAUAAAAAGGCAAAAGCCGCCCCGGCCGCUACGAAAAAGACGACACAAACAAACAGCAACUCGUCCGGCCUGCAGCCCGAGACCCUUCAAAUCAUUGCCGGCUCCUAUGACCAGGUGCUGCAUGGAAUGACAGCCGCUCUUCACAACGACGCCGAGUGCCAGUUUUCCGACACGUUUCUCUUCAACGCGCACAGCUCGGCCAUUCGCUGCGUCGCCGUGUCGCCCGUGUCGGCCCCGUUGCCCGGCCAGGCGCAAAAGGUGCUGCUGGCGACGGGCAGCACCGACGAGCGGAUCCACGUGUACAGCCUGUCGGCGCACCCGCCGCCGCAGGCGGCCGACAAGAAGAGCCGGGCGCUGCUCGCCACGGUGGCGCCGCGGCCGAUCCUCGAGAACCCGAAGAACCGCGAGGUGGGCACGCUGCUGCACCACGCGUCGACGGUGACGGCGCUGCGCUUCCCGACGCGCGCCAAGUUGCUGUCGGCGAGCGAGGACUCGACGCUGGCGGUGACGCGGACGCGCGACUGGUCGAUGCUGAGCACCAUCAAGGCGCCGAUCCCGGCGGCAUUUGGGCGGCCGAGCGGCGACACGGCCCCGUUUGGCGGCACGCCCUCGGGCGUCGUCGACUUUGCCAUUCACCCGAGCAUGAAGCUCAUGAUCAGCGUCAGUCGCGGCGAGCGCUGCAUGCGGCUGUGGAACCUGGUGACGGGGAAAAAGGCCGGCGUGCUCAGCUUCACGAGGGACAUGCUGGUGCAGGCCGGCGAGGGCAAGCACUCGAGCGGCGAGGGCCGGCGUGUCGUCUGGGGCAGCGCGGACGGCGCGGACGAGUUUGCGGUGGCGUUUGAGCGGGACGUGGUGGCGUUUGGCAUGGACAGCGUGCCCAAGUGCCGCGUCAUGCCGUGCAAGACCAAGAUUCACCAGGUGACCUAUGUCAGUCUGGGUGGCGCAGAGGAAGAGGAGGAGAAGGGCGGCCAGGCGGACUCGGUCCUGGCGGUGUCGACCGAAGACGGCCGCGUGCUGUUCUUUUCGACCAAGACGGACGACCUGGUGAAGCAGGAGACGGACGACGGGGCCGAGAGACUGCCUCUUGCCAAGCUCGUCGGACAGAUCGGCGGCAAGGACGCCGGCGUGACGGGCCGCAUCAAAGACUUUGCGGUGCUCCGCAGUAACCUCAACCCGGGGCUGCUGUACGUGGUGGCGGCGAGCAGCGACGGCAAGGUGCGCGCGUGGACGGUCACGGAUCAGGAGCUGCGCGCCGGCGAGGGCAACGAGGUCGGUACGCUGGCGGGCUUAUAUGAGACGCAUAAUCGUAUUACGUGCCUGGCGGCGUUUGUCAUGGUCCCGCGGGCGGAUGGUGCCGAGGACAGCGAGGAGGAGGAGGAGGAGCUUGAUGACGAGGAGGAAGGCAGUGAUGACAGCGAGGAUGAAAGCGACUAG